CGACGCCGACGCCCUUUGGGCCCACUACAAGGUCCGUCUUGCGGGUGUAACGGACAUACAGCUCCUUGAGAAUGCCUCCCGCGUUGGCGAUAAGACGUACGUCCGUGGGCUUGACAGCUGUGUUGAGAAGGAUCUAAGGCUGGGAUUCAUGGAACUCCACAGAUGGAUCUGAACCAAGCAGGCGGUUAAAAUUCGCAUGGCUGACAACAUUUUCUCCCGCGCCCCUUAAACGCUGAGGCAGAAAAAUACUGCAUCAAUGGCUUUGUACACCUGCCUGCGCUACAAGAUACUUACACAAAGCGGAUUAACAGACAAUGGAGGAAAAAGGCUAUGCACGAGAGUGCGCGUCGUGUGGUCGAAGCCUGCUCACCAGAGUACAAGCCCCAAUCUCAGAACAAGAGGCUAGGGCCGUGGGGAUCAGGAUCGGGGAUCAAGACAUUGACCAUGGAUAAAUGGCUCGAAAAGUAUGACGAAGACAGGAUGGAUAGACUGGAUAAGGAAAUUUUCGAUAAUGAUGACGACUCCAGACGGGUCUGGGAAAAUUAAUUCGAAAGACGUCGCAUGGGACGAUACUUUCGAUAGUCAUUGGGAACAUGAAAACAUACCAGUGUGGAAGCUAUCUGCUGGAAGCCCUUAUACACACUUUAAGCACGUGCCUCCAAGGUAAGCUGACAUUAUGGGAGAACGGUGCUCAGUUUGCAACCAGAUGCCGUUUAUUUGUACUCUGCAUGUUUUCAUAAGAGACGCAGCUUUAGUGCUCUGUUCAUGGCAAUGUCUGUCUUUA